UCCCCCGCGCCCAAUCCCAAUGCGCUCCGCCUCCCAACCCUAGCUCGCCCUCCCCUCGCAUCCCACCCCAUCCCAUCCCAUGGCCCUCUCCUCCCACGCCGCCGCGGCCGCCGCCUUCCCCCACCUCUCGCUCCCCCCCUCCCCUCGGCCCCGCCCCGCCGCCGCCGUCUCCCUCAGGCCGCCGCUGCCCCCGCGCUCCGUGCGCCUCGACCUCGGCCUGGGAGGAGCAGGCGGGGGGAUGCUGGCCGCCGCGAUCGAGCACCUGGAGCGGGAGCCGGCCUCGGCCGGGGAAGGGGACCCCGCGGCGUCGGCGCAGCUGGCGGCGCUGUCGCCGCGGGAGCUGCAGCUGGUGCUCGUCUACUUCGCGCAGGAGGGCCGCGACGCCUACUGCGCGCUCGAGGUCUUCGACUGGCUCCGCCGCGCCAACCGCGUCGACGGGGAGACCAUGGAGCUCAUGGCCGCCAUCGCCUGCGGCUGGAUCGAGCGCCUCGUCGGCGCCGGCGGGGACGUCGCCGACGUCGCCGCGCUGCUCGGGGAGAUGGACUGCGUCGGCCUCCGCCCCGGGUUCAGCCUCGUCGAGAAGGCCGUCGCGCUCUACUGGGACCGCGGCGAGAGGGGCAGCGCCGUCGAGUUCGUCAGGGACGUCCUCAGGAGAGGGGGCCUCGGCGCCGGAGGGGAGUACGCCACUGCCGCCGACGGCGAACGUGGAGGCCCCGUCGGUUACCUCGCGUGGAGGAUGAUGAUGGAUGGGGACUACCGAGAUGCUGUUAAACUGAUCAUUGAAUUUAAGGAGAGUGGCCUGAAACCUGAAGUAUAUAGUUAUCUUAUUGGGUUGACUGCCUUGGUUAAAGAACAAAAGGAAUUCUCAAAGGCAUUGCGGAAAUUGAAUUCAUCGGUUAAGGAAGGCUCAAUUUCCAAACUGGAUGCUGAUACCAUGCAUAGUAUUGAAACUUAUCAAUCUAAAUUAUUAAGAGAUGGUGUUCUUUUAUCAAAUUGGGCAAUUCAGGAAGGCAGCAGUGAUGUCCUAGGACUUGUGCGCGAGAGGCUCCUUUCAUUGUACACUUGUGCUGGUUGUGGCUUAGAAGCUGAGCACCAACUUUGGGAAAUGAAGCUUCUUGGUAGGGAGCCUGACACACAGCUCUAUGAUGUUGUUCUGGCCAUUUGCGCUUCUCAGGGGGAAGCUGCUGCUGUCCGUCGAUUGCUUGCUGGAGUCGAGUCAACCAGUGCGGGAAGAAGGAAGAAGUCUAUGUCAUGGCUUCUACGAGGCUAUGUCAAAGGUGGCUUCUAUCUGGAUGCCUCAGAGACACUCAUGAAGAUGCUUGAGAUGGGCUUGUGUCCAGAGUACCUAGACAGAGCUGCUGUGCUGACUGCCUUACAGAGAAACAUACAGGAAUCUGACAGCCUGGAGUCAUACUUGAAACUCUGCAAGCGACUCUCCGAGACGGAUCUGAUCGGACCGUGUGUCAUAUACUUGUAUGUGCGCAAGUUCAAACUAUGGAUGAUGCACAUGCUGUAGAGCCUGUGAGGCUCUGACAUUACAUAUGUGAACAUAGAACAUACGCAGGCACACACUGCUGGAGCUUCAGAUGCUUUUGAGAGCUCUGGUGAAGGAGAUGGUAGAAGACUCCGAAUGGGAUGAAUCAGCUGGUACAUAUUUACGGUUCCUUGUAUAUUUUUGGCCCAAAAGGAGCUCUCGAUACGAGCUGUUCAUCCUGGUUGGAGCAAUUGAUACAUUGUUGGACAGAGUACGUACAAACUUUGUAAACUUUUACAGUUUAGAUAUCUCCGGUUGCUGGUGAAA